ACUGCACCCAAGACUACCCACUUUGGGACACGUAUAAACAGGUACCAUCAUCACACAUAUCAUGCCAGAACAACAGACUAAGGAUAACGACACGAAGAUCACCCUGAUAGGUACCGGAACUAUUGGACUUUCCUUCGCUGCCUUCCACCUCACGCAUCUAGCUAGCCCUUCGCAACUCACAAUCUUCGACACUCGCACAGAUGUCGCCGAAUACGUGCAAGAAAAGCUACCACAGUUCUUUGAAGACCAAGACAAAUUGUCUCUUCCGGUCUUCUCCGAAAUAAGCAUCGCAAAGUCGCUGGAGGAAGCCGUGAAAAACGCCUCCAUCGUCCAAGAAUCAGGGCCAGAGAAGGCCCCCUUCAAGAUCAAUCUCUGGGCUGAAGUAGAAAAGCACGCGCCCAAAGAAGCCCUGCUAUGGAGCUCAACAUCCGGUAUCCCUGCGUCUCAGCAGACCUGCAAGAUGGAGGACUUGAGUCGCGUGCUAGUAGUACAUCCAUACAACCCACCACACAUCAUGCCCUUACUGGAGCUUGUGCCCUCGCCAGAAACCUCUGAAGAUGUCGUUAAGCGGACGCAGGAGUUCUGGCGCGCAAGAGGCCGCGUGCCCAUCCAUAUCAAGAAGGAAGCGACCGGCUUCGUAGCCAACAGAUUAGCCUUUGCGCUGCUGCGCGAGGCCGUCCACCUUGUCGACCAAGGCGUAGUGUCGGUGGAGGAGGUUGAUCAAAUCGUACAGACUUCUAUGGGUCCUCGAUGGGCGGUCGCAGGUCCUUUCAAAAGCUACCACGCAGGUGGAGGACCGGCGGGCCUUGAGGGGUUCUUCGAGAAUAUCGGAGGUACUGUGCAAGGCUGCUGGGCGGAUUCGGGAACGCCGAAUGUUGGAGACGGGUGGGAGGAGAAGAUUUUCAAAGAGGCAAAGGAGGCGUAUGGCACGGUUGAUGUGGGCGAGCGAGACAGGAUCACGCGGAGGUUGCUGCAAGUUUUGGAAGAAGAAAAGAGUAAGACUGGAGGUACAAAGUGAACGUCGAGGACCCUCCAAAUUACAAUCCUUCAGCACAAGCUUUCUGUUUUCCUUCUCAUUACUUUCAUCGCGACUUGGCCCUUUACCAACUCAGA